AAUCGUGAAUGUGACCGGUGAUCCGCCAAUCUGCACUAAAUAUGAUGUAAUUUUUUGAAAUUAUCUACUUUUUAGUGUUAUUAAAGAAGAGUUUAUAGACAAUGGAGUAAAACAUUUUAUAAAUCAGUAGUAAUGCUCUUGAUGUGGAUGCACCGAUUGUGAAGUUAAGUUAUAAAUAAUUAUAAAGAACAUGUCUCAAAUAUUUGGAUUAUAUGGUGAAAUGUGUGCUACCCACCCAUGGGAAGUUAUAGUAGCUGUUGUAACAUUAACAACAUGUUUUCUAACAAUGGACAGACCCCAGUCAACGAUACCACUUAAAAAACCUGUAACUUGCCAUAGCUGCAUAGAAGAACACUUUAACGCUGCUGAUGUUAUUGUUAUGACUAUUAUACGAUGCCUAGCUAUUCUCUACAGUUAUCACCAGUUUAGAAACCUACAGAAUUUAGGUUCCAAAUACAUUUUAGGUAUUGCCGGUUUAUUUGUUGUUUUCUCUAGUUUCGUUUUUACGUCGACUGUUUUAAAUAUUCUUCAAAUAGAAUUAGUAGAUCUAAAGGAUGCAUUAUUCUUUUUCCUGUUACUAAUAGAUCUGUCUAAGGCAGCAAAAUUAGCACAAUUUGCUCUGACGUCUUCAGAAAAAGGAGAAAUCAGCAAAAACAUAGCUAGAGGAGUGUCUGUUUUGGGUCCUACCAUUACAUUAGAUACUAUAGUUGAAACGUUGGUAAUAGGUGUUGGAACCUUGUCAGGAGUGCAUCGCCUGGAAAUGUUAUCUUACUUUGCAUGCUUAUCGGUAAUUGUAAACUAUAUUAUAUUUAUGACAUUCUACCCUGCUUGUUUAUCUUUAAUGUUAGAACUGGGUAAGAUCUCCAACUUUUAUGGAGAACAACAGGCAGGAGUUAUGCAAAUGUUACUGGAGGAUAAUGAAAAAUCUAAUCCUGCCGUACAACGUGUGAAAUUGAUUAUGUCCUUUGGCUUAAUGGUUGUUCACAUACAUAGCCGUUGGACUUUUGCAAGUGAUGGUUUAACUGAGGGUAUUGAUUUGGAUGCAAAUAAAGACUGUUCUGAGACCACUUCAAUUUAUGGUUAUAUCAUGAAACAGUUCGCUUUGAGUGCUGAUCACAUAGUCAUAUUAAUUUUGUUGAUAACUCUAAUGGUAAAGUUUAUAUUCUUUGAGAGUAAAGAACACUUACUAGAGCAGAUUGAACAAGAUGCCAUGAUAAAAUUUAAAAAGAGUAUACAAAUCCACAAACGCAAUAGAACAACGUCUUCUAAUGUGGAGGUUCAGACAGAAGAUUCUAGACUCUUUACAUUUCAAGCAGUCGAUACAGUGUUUGAUAAAGUCUCAGAUGUUUCUCGAAGUUUACAAGACUGUUUGCAUAUUUAUCGAGCAGAUGAAGCGGAUGAAUUAUCUGAUAGAGAGAUCAUCAUGUUGGUAGAUACGAAACAUAUUCCCGCAUACAAUUUAGAGAAAGUCGUAAAAAAUCAUGAACGUGGUGUUAAUAUCAGAAGGAAGAUUAUUGAAAAUAUGCUGAAUAAGAAGAAUGUUUUUAUUAAUCUGCCCUAUCAAAAUUACGAUUAUGGAAAAGUAAUGGGAGCUUGUUGUGAGAAUGUUAUAGGUUAUGUACCAAUGCCUCUUGGGGUUGCUGGACCUUUACUACUCGACGAUAAAAAGUUUUAUAUACCAAUGGCUACUACUGAAGGUUGUUUGGUGGCUAGUACUAAUAGAGGUUGUCGGGCAAUUGAGAAGAGUGGAAUAAAAAGUAGAUUAGUAGCUGAUGGCAUGACACGAGGCCCCGUUGUUCGUUUUUCUUCCAUCGUCAAAGCUACUGAGGCCAAACUGUGGAUAUCGGAUCCCUCUAAUUUCAUCGAAAUCAAAGAAAGCUUUAACUCAACUAGUAGAUUUGCGAAAUUGCAGAAGAUAACUGUGCACAUAGCAGGCCGAUAUUUGUUCAUUAGAUUUGUUGCUGAAACGGGAGAUGCUAUGGGCAUGAACAUGAUAUCAAAAGGAACUGAAAAGGCACUAAGGAAUAUACAGGGGAAAUUUCCUGAAAUGGAGAUACUCAGUUUAAGCGGAAAUGUUUGCACUGAUAAGAAACCGUCAGCAGUCAAUUGGAUUGAAGGAAGAGGAAAGUCUGUUGUUUGCGAGUGCAUCGUUUCUGCAGAUGUAGUUUCAUCUGUUUUAAAAACUACCACACACGCUUUAGUAGAUUUGAAUAUUUCGAAGAACAUGAUUGGCUCUGCUAUGGCAGGAAGUAUAGGGGGUUUUAACGCUCAUGCCUCUAACAUCGUAACGGCCAUUUUCAUCGCCACUGGCCAAGACGCGGCACAGAACGUCUCGAGUAGCAACUGCAUAACCAUCAUGGAACCAUGGGGUGAGAAGGGCGAGGACCUGUACGUGUCUUGUACGAUGCCCUCGAUAGAAAUAGGAACUGUAGGAGGGGGUACUAUUUUGCCCGCCCAGUCGUCCUGUCUAGAAAUGCUCGGGGUUAAGGGUUCACACGAAAGCAGCCCCGGAAGCAAUGCCAAGCAGUUGGCGAGGGUAGUUUGUGGGUCUGUUUUGGCGGGUGAAUUAUCUCUUAUGGCGGCGUUGGUCAGUGGCCAUUUGGUAAGAAGCCACUUGAGAUAUAACAGGUCGUAUUCGAGCAAAGACGGUCUAGGUUUGAGUUGUGAUUUAGGUAAAUCGUGUGAUAGUUAGUCAUUUUUUUAAAUUUUAAUGCUUGUAGGCAUCUCAAUUUGUUUAUAUAUUUUUUUCGAUCUAUUUAUUGCGGUAUUUUGACUUUUUGUAAAUAUACUUUUACUGCCAUGUUGUAUAUAUUUUCUUUUAGUGAAAUUAUUUAUUUGUUGCCAUUCCGUGGUACAUUAAAAUAAAGAAAUAUGUAGAUCGUUUAGGGAUUUAUUUAUUUUUAUAUUCCAGUGUUAAAAUAGUAGGCAGUUCCAUUCAUAUGGUCCCAAAUAUUGUUAAAUAUAAAUCGACAAAUAGAUAUGUCCAUUUUGGUUGAAUUAUUCUUACAAACUUUCACUAGUCCUGGUAUAUCCGAAUAUCCAGCAGGUAGGUAGGUGCUUUUUUAUUUAUACUGGAAACGAGUACUUAGUUUUUUUAAUGUUUGUUAAAGAACUGUUCAUUUCACUGAUAAAUCUGUGUUUUGUGCUUGAAUUUUCUGUUCAUGGUACAAUAUUCUUGAUUUAUUAAAUUUGGUUGUUUACGAUUACUCUGAUUAUCAGAUUGGUCAGCAACAACUACACACAAUUCCAUUUUUAACACUUAUUGUAAUAACUAAAAUGUGAAAAUAAAAAUACGUCUCCCUCUUGUACACUUAUGACAAGCACUAGUACAUCAGCUAGAAACUGACACAUACUCAAACAAGGAGUCAAACCGUGCAGUCUCGGUUGUCUCUCUUUUUGUACACAUUAAUAGAAAUAGGCAUUUUUAACAGCAAAACUCCACUGCUUAUUAUUUUCUCACUGGAGUUUAUUGCAAUUUCUUGUAUGUAUGUGUAGAAUUUAAGUUACGUGAUUCAUAUAAUGCAUGGCAUCAGUGAUUGACAAAUUUGUAGGUACCGUAGGAUAGGGUCGUUUCCAAUUUUUUAAAUUAUUUUGUAAAGAUUUGUUUUAAAUAUGUAAUACGCCCUGCACCACUUUUUGAUUUUCAGUCUUUUAUGCAAAAAAAAGAAGUACAAAAUAUGUGACGAUGUAGAUUGUUAAAGUCUACACAUUAGAGCACUUCUAUAGUCGAUUCCAGCUACGAUUCGUCAUUAGAAUUGUAUUGACUUUCAUUGUGACUAAAUUUAGUGUACUGCAAAUUUAAAUAUAAGCAAUUAGCUAAUACCGCCAUUAUCUCGGUACUAAGAAGAAGACACCACAGAAUUUAAUGAAAAAUUCCCGUUUCCAUUUAUUUUAUACAAAAUUUUCUACUGAAAUUCACCCAAGGAAACGACCUUAUUAAAAAAUAUGUCGGAAUCCAUCGAUAAUGCUGUUCCCGCGUAGAAUGAUGAUUAUAAAAAAGUAAUCGAUGUUUUUUUUUUCAAUAUUGUGAAAACUAUGUCAUAACUGGUACGAAUCUUCAUAUAUCUGAUAAAUUUAAAAAUAGAUGUUACAAUAUGUUACUGAGUUAUAGUCUUGCAGAAGAUUCUCAGACAUAAACUUUCUAUGUGUUAAGUGUGUCAAAUGCAGUACAUCAAAAAUGAAGGUGCAUAUUCUUCGUGUAAUUAAAAAAUGUUUUCUUAAACAUUUACUUUUCAAACAAGAUGCUAAUAUUUUUUGUUUCUUUAAAUAUCAAUAAAAAAAUGGUGUUAAAGUGAAAAUUUGUACAAGGCGUGAAUAAAUUGGUGUUAAAUGCAAAAAAAAAUCAAAUUCAAUUUAAACUAGUGGUGUAGAUUAGGCAUUGUCAUAACUUAAAUGCCAUUGCUACGCUGCUUACAUUUUUUUAAAUUAUGACGGAGAAAAUAUUUUUG